AAGAUAUUAAGAUCUUAGUUGUCGACAGGUUGUUUAUUCAUUAUACAGAUUACGGAGUGACUUUUUUUAUUUCUUUUAUUGUAGCGUAUACGUUGUAGCUUAAAGUUAAAAUAAUUCAAGAAGUAAAACAACUUCUUGCUAGAAUAAGCAUCGUAUUCAUAUAACUCAAUCAAUUAUGUUAGACGAACUGGCCAUUGAUUAUUCCGAGUACUUAAAAGUCGACAAUGAAAAUGAGGUUAGUGCGUUAAAAGAUGUAGUUGAAGAUAUGCUUACCCGAUUAGAAGAGUUUCAGACAUUUAUGGAAAUGGUUCGUGCACUACGAAUGGAAAGCACUGUGAUGCAUUAUGACUCGAUAAAAGCGAUGAAAUCCAAAGUUAAUGAACUCACAGACUCUGUAAACAAAUUAGAAAAACUUGUUAAUAAAGUUGGUGAAGAUGUAGAAUUGGUUGACCAACAACUAACUGAAGCUGAGGCUUGUAUGCCUAUUAAUAAGGAUGGUCCACUAAAUACAAUUUUGAAACCUUUUUUUAAAAAACAAGAAGACCAUUCUUCUAAACAAUUGCCUGCCUAUGAACCACCAGUAAUUUUUAAGUCGGAUGAUUACUUUCUGGCAACAGAAGCAGAAGAUGCUCUUAAAAUAAUUGAAAAUGAUACGUCAACUAAUAAUUAACACACACACAAAAAAAAAAAAAAAAA